GGCGGCCUGACCAACUCUCUCGCCUUCCUAUUUAACCUCUAACCACUCUUCUUUCCCUCACCACUUUCUUUUCCAUUUACAACCACCAACCAUCUCCCCUCUUCUAGGAAUCCUCCACAAAGAAGAACCCAAAUAUCCUAUCGAUACCUCCAACACCACACUUGAGAUCUCACAUCACUUCGUCAAGAUGCAGAUCUUCGUCAAGACUCUGACUGGCAAGACCAUCACCCUCGAGGUCGAGUCUUCGGAUACCAUUGACAAUGUCAAGUCGAAGAUUCAGGACAAGGAGGGCAUUCCGCCUGACCAGCAGCGCCUAAUCUUUGCCGGCAAGCAACUUGAGGAUGGCCGCACCCUCUCCGAUUACAAUAUCCAGAAGGAGUCGACUCUCCACCUUGUCCUCCGUCUCCGUGGUGGCAUGCAGAUCUUCGUCAAGACAUUGACUGGCAAGACCAUUACUCUGGAGGUGGAAUCCUCGGAUACCAUCGACAAUGUCAAGUCGAAGAUUCAGGACAAGGAAGGCAUCCCCCCCGACCAACAGCGCCUGAUUUUCGCCGGAAAGCAGCUUGAGGAUGGCCGUACCCUCUCGGAUUACAACAUUCAGAAGGAGUCCACUCUCCACCUUGUCCUCCGUCUCCGUGGUGGCAUGCAGAUCUUUGUCAAGACUCUGACCGGCAAGACGAUCACAUUGGAGGUAGAAGGUUCAGACACAAUCGACAACGUGAAGUCGAAGAUCCAGGACAAGGAAGGCAUCCCCCCCGACCAGCAGCGAUUGAUCUUCGCUGGAAAGCAGCUUGAGGAUGGCCGGACUCUUUCUGACUACAACAUUCAGAAGGAGAGCACCCUGCACUUGGUACUCCGGCUUCGUGGUGGCAUGCAGAUUUUCGUGAAGACGCUCACUGGGAAGACGAUCACAUUGGAGGUCGAGUCAUCGGACACGAUCGACAAUGUAAAGUCCAAGAUUCAAGACAAGGAGGGUAUCCCGCCCGAUCAGCAGCGAUUGAUCUUCGCUGGAAAGCAGCUUGAGGAUGGUCGGACUCUUUCCGACUACAAUAUCCAGAAGGAGAGCACCCUCCACUUGGUGCUGCGUCUUCGCGGCGGCCAGUAAGCGGUUCUUUUUUGUUUGGGAUUGGUUUGGGGUGGAUUUACACAACGGCGUUCAGCGAUUUCGGAUAGUCGCCGGAACGGACAUACAUAGCUAGGUAACUGAGCACAGCUCACCCCAAGUAGCAAUGUCUAUUUGACUCUUGGAGUCUAAUUUUACAUCC